AUGCGCACCCCCUCUUGCUGUGAACGGAAUGACGAGGGCAAGGCGUAUCAAUUCACCAAGAUGUGGCAGGGCAGGGGGCGCGGCGGCACCCAGCCCUCGGGACAGCGCCAGCGGCGCGGAGUGCCCGGCCCGCGAGGACUCGCAGGAGCCGGUGGCGGCCGGCGCCCCAAGGGCGGCGGCGGGCGGCGCCAGCGGCAGCGGGGCCCGGACCAGCUCGUACUCCGAGGAUGCGUCCGAGUCGGCCUCCAAGUCCGCAUCCAAGUCUGCAUCCAAGUCGGCCUCCAAGAGCUUGAGUUCCAGCAGCUCAUCCGCGGCAGCCUCCAAGGGCGGCGCCGCCGCACCGCGGGAAGGCGCAGAGGGCCGCGAGCCGCCAGCGCCGGAGACGGACGAGCCCGAGGCGCUGCCGCCGCAGCCGGAGGCGGGCGAGGACGAGGCGGGACCGCUGGCGUCAGAGGCUGGCGAGCCCGCGGCUCCGCCGCGGCCCGAGGAGGCCGCGCCUCGCCCCGGGGGAGCGUCGCGCCGGGCGCCGUGGAGGGCCCGGCCGAGCUGUCGGAGCAGGGCGCCGCGGCGGCCGCGGAGCCCCUGGUGGCGAGGUAUCGGGUCGUGUCCGCGGGCACGCUGCCGGAGCUGCCCGUCAGCUCGGGUCCCUCCCGCAAGAGUGCCACCCUGGCUCAGCUGUCGAUGUUCUCGGAGGUGGAAGUCGUGGAGGUGGCGGAGCAGACGGACGGGGGAAGGAGGCGAGCCCGCAUCAGAAGUCCCGCCGGCUGGAUCACCCUGGACAACGUCAACACGGGGACCGUUUUCGCGGAGCGCAUCGACGACGAGGUUAGGGCCAGCCAGGAGGCCGAGCGCGAGGCCCCGCACUCGGAGCCGAGGGAGGGCGCGCGGCCCGCCGCGGGCGACGCGGAGCGCCGCGAGGCACCCGCCGUCGCCUCGGUCGAGGGCACGGCCGCCAGCGCGCCGCCAGGCGGCGAGGCCGGCUCGGCCACCGACGUGGCGGCAGCCGAGGAGGAGUGUUCCCGUGGCCCCAACGGGCCCCUCCCCGCCGACGCCGCGGACGCGCCGAAGGCGCAGUCCCCGGCCGAGGCGGCAGAGGGCGCGGCCGUCAGCGCGCCGCUCAGCGGCGCCCGCAGCGGCGGCGAGGCCGAUGAGGGGCUCUCGAGCCCCAGCCGGCCUCUUGUUGCUGGCGCCGCGGGCGCGCCUGAGCCGCCACCCCGAAGUCCGGCGGCCGAGGCGGUCAAGGGGCUGAACCCGAAGGGCCUAGCCGCCAGGAAUCUGCUGAACGGCAUCCGCAGCGGCCAGGUCAGCGAGAUUAUCGACGCCGCGGAGGCCGAGGAGGCCCACAGCGCCGAGGCCGGCGAUGCCGGGCGGGCGCCCCGCACGAGCUCCGAGGAGGAGGAGGAGAACAUCGUGCCGGAGGGUCUGCUGCAGGCGCCCGCGGAGAUCGCGGCCUCGGAGGUUGAGGCGGCGUCCUCUGGGGCGGCGAGUGCGAUGAAUCGCAAAACGAACGAGCGAUAA